AUGGGUUCCCAAUUUGAUGACCGUCUUGCCAUUUGGCAGACAGCUAUAUAUGCUUCACUUGCUGUGGCAUACUUUGUGUUGUAUUAUUUUUCUGGAACGUUGUUGUUCGACAUCAUUCACUUCCUUCUUCACAAAUGCGCCAGAUCACCUUUCAGGGUCUUGCGUCAGAUCUCCAAAGUCCACUCCGUCCACCAUUGGUACUUCGACCGGCACUUGCGAUACAACAAUCGAUACAAGCUGGCCAACGCUUUGACGAACCUCCCACUAGAGCUCUCAUGUCAACUUGUUGGCUCCUGGCUGUCUCAAAGAGCCUUGUCUAUGGUACUACGAGAAGACGACCAAGGGUUCGCAACCGCAAUCUUGCAUCUCACGCUGUGUGUUGAAGUGAUUAGAGUCAUUGUCGUGGUCAUCCUUGAGGGUAAAGACUCCAACCAUGUAGGCUAUCUGUCGGUACCCAAGGACGGCGGGUGGCUCUUGGUGGGACCUGAGUACCAUUCCUUACACCACAUGUACCCUGAUCAAUUCAUGGGCUCUGUCCUUAGGCUGUUCGACUGGAUAAUGGGAACAUCCUCGACCUUGAAGAAUAAACGUGUCACCAUCACUGGGGUUGGCGGCGCUCUUGGAGCCGCAAUAAAGAAACAGCUGGAGUGCGAAAACGUGGAAUCAAUCACAGCGCUGCGAUUUGGAGUGCACUUUGACGAAGAAUCGGUAUCAGAGGACAGCAUGAAAAUACUGGCCAAAACCGACAUACUUAUACUGACCCACGGACUGAGACAUGGCGACGUGAUGAAGGCCAAUUACGAGACGAGCAAACGUCUCGUGGAAGUGUUUUCCCAGCAACGCAAGCCUCGCACAGGACGGCGACCCACCGAGUUGCCUGAGGUGUGGUAUGCCGGCAGUGAAUCGGAGAUGCAUCCGAGUUGGGGAAACAAAUCACUGGCGGCGUAUUCGGCGUCCAAGCGUCGGUUCCUGCCAUUUGCAAAGUCGCUAUAUGCGAGCGAUACGGUGGUCUACCGACACAUUGUGCUUGCGGCCUUCUCGUCCAAGAUGGGGCCGGCAAUUGUUUCAGCAGAUUGGGCUGCAAAGUGGACCAUGUGGUGGAUUCGAAGAGGGGCAAGAUAUGUGCCCGUGACAUAUACAGGGCUUGCUUACCUACACUUCUUCAAGUUCAUGUUUGUGGUUAAGGCGGAGAGAAGCGGAGUGCGGUUCGAAAUUGGGGGCCAGGCAGAGGUUCCAACAAGCAAGGACGGAACCAAGGGCAAGAUGUAG